AUGGCUUGGUUUCUGCCCCAUUUCCCCUAUCCGCCUGCAAAGGAUGGGUACUGGGAGCCGGUCACCUCUACCCUGAACUGGUGUGAAGAGGACUACUAUGCCACUGAAUACUCUGCUGAGAUCGUCAACACCCUCACAAAUCUGAUGUUCAUGUGGCUAGGAUUCAAGGGCAUUCGCAGUUGUAUUCGCAAUGGACAUGACCAGAUCUUCAUCGUCUCUCUGCUAGGCUACCUGGUGGUCGGAACAGGAAGCUUCCUCUUCCAUUCAACACUGAAAUGUAACUUCCUUCCCGUCCUGCCCCAAAGGGUCGAGUCAAAACAUCCUAUGCAGCUAGUUGACGAGCUCUCCAUGAUUUACACGACCUGUCUUAUGUUCUACGCUUCAUUCUCGUACUCGCGCUCGGUAACCUUCCGAGUCUGGCUCGCCGGUUCUCUGGCCGGCCUAGCCGUCUUCAUCACUCUAUACUACCACUACCUCCAAGAUCCAGUCUUCCACCAGAAUGCCUACGCCCUUUUAACAAUCGUUGUGGUCUUCCGGACUAUGCAUACCAUGGAAGUAACCCUGCGACCAAAGUGGCGCCACUCAACUGAAGAAGACCGUCUGGAGCGUCAGAAGAAGGGUCUCCCUGUGCCAACCAAGGAGCGCCAACACUUCGAGAACGUGCGCGAUAUAAAGACUCUCCAUACUAUGUGGUUCAUGGUUUGCUAUGGAUUGUUCAUGUUCCUAGGUGGGUUUGCUAUCUGGAACUUGGACAAUGUGUUCUGUUCGCAGGUUCGGCGGUUGCGUCACCAGGUCGGCCUGCCCUGGGGUCUUGUUUUGGAAGGUCACGGUUGGUGGCACAUCAUGACUGGACUUGGCGCAUACCUCUACAUCAUUUGGGGCAUCUGGCUCCGACACUGCCUCAACAACCGCCAGGACGAGUACUACCUGCGCUGGGCGCGCUUCUGGCAUAUUCCCGAAGUUGUCCGUACCGCCGACAGUAUCACUCCAGAGAAGAAGUCAACCUGA